CUUUCAUGACCUUGACUUGUCUCAAUAAAACGUUAUCUGUGAAGGCCGUCUACUGCCUGGACCUUGGUUUAAGUCCAUUUUAUCCGUGGCUUGGCCAACAAUCAUGCUUAAUAUACGGUUGUUGACCCGGUGUUGGAAUGCUGCAGGGAUCCCCAGAAAGAGUCGGGGAGCGCUGUACUUAUGUGACAAUGUACACAAAUAUGAAGAACAGCCAUAUACAGCAACAAGACAUUUCAGCUCUGAUCGCAGUACUUCGGCGUCUUCCGCCUCGGGAGAGAAGUCAUCAAAAAAUUAUGAUCUGUCCAGAAUUGGAGCCGCAGGGGUUUUGUUAGGUAUGGGGUUAUACUGGAAGCUAAAGAAGGAUGUUGUCACCGCAGCAAAGAUUGACAUUGGCGAACAUAGGAAGGAUUUGCCGACGUAUACGACCGAAGAUGUCGCUCAACACAAGACAAAAGAUGCACAGAUUUGGAUGACGUACAAAUGUGGCGUGUAUGACGUCACGGAUUAUGUGUCGAAACACCCGGGAGGCCCGAAAAUACUUUUGGCUGUUGGAAGAAAUCUCGAACCGUAUUUUGAAUGGUACCCGGUGCAUAAAAAGGCGGAAGUACUGGGUAUUAUUGAAAAAUUCAGAAUUGGAAAUAUUAUUCCUUCUGAAAAAACAGACCAAAAACCUCCACGCAUCCCAGAGAUCGACUUGAAAUCCUACAAAUUGGAAAUAGCUGUUGAUGGUAAAAAUAAACUGAAAUUAAACGUGGAUGAAUUAAAAAAGAAUUUUCCAAAGAUGAGCACCCAGGCUGACGUGCACUGCUCAACGACCAAAAACAAGAUUUCAACUGUUGGGCCAAACGUUACGGCUACUUGGACGGGCGUGUCAUUAAAUGAAGUAUUGAAAGCUGCAGGAAUUGACGUGGAUAAAUGUAGUUAUAAGCAGGUCGUGUUUGAAGGGAUGGAUAAGAAACAGGAUGGAUCUCCGUAUAUUUCCGUCGUUCUCAUGGAACUCGCGAGAAAACACAAGAACAACAUUGUGAUAGCCUACGAGAAGAACGGAAGUGAUUUACCACGUGAGCAAGGUUAUCCUGCUCGAGCUAUCAUUCCUCGUGACGCGGGAGGUCGACAUAUCAAAUGGCUGAAUAAGAUCUAUAUAAAUAACGGAUAAAAAAACCAGGGAACUACAAAAACAAUUAUAUGAUACAUACGACAUAAUAUACUUUCCCUUUUAAAGCCGCUGUGGGGGAUUUUAAAUCCCAAACAAACUACAAUAUUGUGAAAGUUAAUCUCAGAAAGAUCAUCAGAUCAAAAUGGUUGAAUUCCAUUCUUUGGUUACAACAAUAUGAUGAAUUGGAAAUUUCGCAACAUUUGACCGACUUUGUUAUAAUCCCAUUGAAUUCAAAUCGAGCCUUGAUAUUUGGGUUUCUUAAUUUGGAUAAAUUUUACUCUGGAUUCAACCGUAGGCCUACCCGUAAAAAGUAAAUGGCGAUUAAUCAGCGACUUUUUACACGCCAUAUUUAAUAUGGUUCUGUCGUGAAAGCCUUAAACUAAUUGUUGUAAUUUACGAUAAAAUUUAUAUUUUGUGAUUUUAUGUUGUAAAGUAAUAUUAUUGCCUUAUAUUGUCAAAAUAACAGGGGAGCUACACUUUAUGGUCUCGUACUGUCUUAUGACAUGAGCAGGCCCCAAGUUCCCAAAGCAUUAUCAGACUUAAUUUAAGAAAUUACUCAAAAUUGUUGGCCUUAUGUUAUUUUAACUAAAAUAUAGGUUUUUAUAAAACUUUUGUUUUUUAAAUGUAUCAAAUAAGAAACUAUGUGCAGAGUUUUGAUUUUCUGGCUCAAAUAAAGAUAUUUCUCAUAAACAGUGAUUGAAAGUUGAGUAAAUUCUAAACUUAACUGAACUGAAAAUGCUUUUUGAACUCAAGGCCAGGGGCCUGUUUCACGAAAUGUUUAACUAAAAUAAAAUCCAAAUUUAAGUAAUUUGAUUGGAUAAUACUAGAUUGAUUUUAGUGCUUAGCCAAUAAAAAUUGAAGUAUCUAAUAAAAUUUGGAUUUUAACUUUAGUUAAGAUUUCGAGAAACAGGGCCCAGAUCUGGUAGACCCGUACUUACGACAUUGUGGAACUCGCUACGUGAAAAUCUUUGAUCCAGUCCAUCAUUAGACUCCUUAAAAUCCAGAUUGAAAACAUAAUUAUUUGAGAAAUAUCUGUAAGAGUGAUUGUGUGUUUUGUAGCGCCACUAGCACGACUAUAUGUGGAAUUAGCGCGAUAUAAAUGGACUUAUUUUAUUAUUAUUAUUAUUGUUUAGUAAAGUGGUCCUGUUCUUACAAACAAGGCCUGGUCGUGUGGAGGCGUUCUUGUGACAAGGCCUAGUCGAGUGGACUCGUUUAUGACAAGAUGUUGUGAAACGAUAUACCGUUGACAGAUUAUCGUUUAGAUAAUGACCCCGAAAACAAACCUUUGUGUCAAAUCCAUAAGUCUUAACAAAACUGAUAUAUACUUUUUGAUUUAUUUUGAUGAAUAUUUAUAAAUUAUAAACUUCCUCUAUUUUGUAAAGAUUUUAAAUAUUUGUUGGAAAAUAUAUGUUUAACAUACAUUUACUGUUGUAAUUAUUAAUGAAUGAUGAAAUAAAAUGGUACUAUUGUGGCUA